AUGCUUGUGCAGAAUAUUUUUAAAAUGGAUAUUAAAAAUUUAAAGAAUAUUCUUACAUAUAUCAACAGAUAUGAUAAUGAAAAAAAUAUAUUUCAAGAGAAACAAAGGAUAAAAACAAAUAAAAUAAAAAAUAAACCUUUCGUAUCUUUUGGAAACCCUUUUUUUUUAUUUACACUUUUCAUUUGUAUAUUUCAAAAUUUUCAAAAGUAUCCAUUUUAUCAAUAUUACCGUAAUCAUCAUAUUAUAAAUACCUAUCAAAAGUUUAAUAACCACAGAGUAUUAACAGAAUAUCAACAAUUUUUGGAAAAUCAAAAAGACAGAACAUCUAUAUCAUAUCAAACAUAUAAAAAAAAUUAUAAAUACCAUAACGCAUAUAAUCAUGAGGAUGGCUGUAAUUUAAAUUUUAUACAAUAUUUAAAUUAUUUUCAUAAAAAAUAUGGACAAAAAGAAAAAUUACAACUACCAAUGUUAAUGGAAUUUGAAAAUUAUACACAAACUCCUUACAUUAGUGUCGAUGAAAAAGCAAAUCAAUAUGCCCACGUUUUGCAACUAAAAAGUGAAAAAAAUGAAAAAAAUGAAAAAAAUGAAAAAGAUAAUCAAUAUGAAAAAAAUAGCCAAAAUGAAAAAAAUGAACAAAAUGAAAAAGAUAAACAAUAUGAACAAAUCAGGCAAAAUGAAAAAAUUGAGCAAAAUGAAGAGGAUAAACAAUAUGAACAAAUCAGGCAAAAUGAAAAAUAUAACCAAAAUGAAGAGGAUAAACAAUAUGAACAAAUCAGGCAAAAUGAACAAAAUGAGAAAAACAUCCCAAAUGAAGAGUGCACUCCGUAUUAUGAAUGCGACCUAAAUUGUCGAUUGUGCAAUUAUUAUUACAACAACCCAAUCAGAUAUACAACUUUUAGUAUAUCUCUAGAUAGAGGAUUCAUAUUACAAUUUCCAAGUUCCCAGACAGAUUAUAUGAAUUAUUUAGACGAUAACAAAUUUUAUACUUAUGACGAUAAUGAAGAGGACGAAUAUGAAGAGUAUGAAGAGUAUGAAGAAUAUGAAGAAUAUAAGGAACAUGAGCAAUAUGAUGAUUACAUAUAUUUAUAUGAUAAACAAAAUGGCAUUCGUUCUUUUCCUAAAUAUACAAAUAAGUUCAACAUUCAUUCACAUAACAUUCAAAUGUUUUAUUUAGAAGAUGGAAGAUCGUCUUACAAAAAAGUAAAUUAUAGUGAAAAAAAAUAUAAAGAAAAUUUUUUUUCAGAGCUUAUAAUUUUGUUGCUCUUUAUAUGUUAUUUUUUAGAUGGUAUAGGGUAA